AUGGUUCUUUUAGAUCCAAUCAUGUUGAGAGAUUUUAAGAAUCGUGGUUACGAUGUUAUUGACAUUAGAAAUAAUUCAGAUUAUGUAAAAUUGAUGAUAUAGAUUAACAUCAUCUUUUAUUUGAGCAGCAAUCAAUCAAAUAUUAAUAAUAUCAUAAAAUCAGCAGAUUAUUAACAUUAAGUAAGAGGAAAAUUAUAUUCUUCAUUCUUCGAUUCAAAUAAAAAUCCUAAAUAUAUAACUUAAGAAGGAGAAUUCUUCGUUGAUUUGAAAAAUAAUUUAUUUUAAUUGAAUGGGUAAGGUAUUAAAUAUUCAGGAAAAUCAAAUAAUGUUAAUGAAAAGGGUGAAUAUAAUAAAGGAAUAAAAAUUCAAACAAGAAAAUCUUAGAAUAAAAUAGAACGUAAAUCUUAAAGUAUUGAGCCAAAAACAAUUAAAAUUUUUGAGGUUUUGAAUGGGAAAUUAAUCUUGAGAAAUUAAAAAAAAAUUUUAAGUACUUGGUGUAAAUAUAAUCAAUAAAUUUCAUUAAAUGAUUUAAAGAUUUUAAGAACUUAAGGGUGGUUAACUAGCAGUAUUAUAGAUAGCUAUGUUUUAAGUCUUAAUUUAGAAAGUUAGAAAAAAUAUUUUGCCUUAAAUUAUAAAGAAAGGCAACAUAUUAAGAAAAUUUUUCUUGUACCUACGAGUUUAGUAACAAACAUUGGAGGAAAUUACAAUAUGACAUAAGCUAUUGAAUUAUUUUAAUCACAUUUUCUCGAAUUAUAAGAAAUCAAAUUUGAAUUUUAAAUCAUGUAUACUAAAAUUGGGUUUCCUAUUAAUUCCAAUAAUGUACAUUGGUAUUUUUUAUUGUUUGAUCUAGAAAAGAAUGAAGUAGAAAUCUAUGAUUCAUUAUCACCAAAACCCUAUUCUUAAAUACUAGACUUAAAGAUUAUUUCAGAAUUAUUAAUGUUAAAAAGUCCUAAAAUAAGUUUCAAUAAAAACAAUUAUGAAUAAAAGGAUUCGUAUUCAUGUGGAUAUCAUGUUUGUCAUUUUAUGAAAUUCUGUCAUGAAAAAUAAUUUUAAAAAGAUUUAGAUUAUUAAUACGAUGAGAAUUAAAUGAGACUGAUUUUAAAGCAAGUAAUUGAAGAUGAAGAAAAUUGA